AUGCCCGAGAAAGACAGCAAAGGAUCGACUGAUGCCUCCAUUCCGCCUCCCCUCGACCCGUUCCCCACCUAUCAGACCCCAUAUCCGCGCUCCAACAAGGACGACGACAACCCAUUCAUCCAGUUCCGCCGCUUUGCAGAUGAACAACUUUCGUCAUUGUUCCAGGGAAUCCCGCAGCUCUUCGGCCUGUCUUCCAGCCGAGACCCAUGGAAGAAAGAGUUCGAAGAGUUGAUGCGGCGAAGCCAUGAGUUGGAGGAGGGUUGGAGAAAGCAGUGGGAGCAGGAGAUGGAAGAGAUGAGACAGGAGAUUGAGAAGUCAAAGAUGGAUGCCUGGAAGGCCAUGGAAGCAGCUUGGAAAUCUCCCAAAGAGGAUACGCUUUGGAUGACCCGAGGAGACGCAGCCAAAUCUCCAGCAGUAACCGACAAACUCUCCAAUGAUCCGAAGAAACCGGCCCUGUAUGACGAGGGCGGCCUACCGAAAACCGAGCUGGACGCCUACGAUCAAACCCAAAGCUCUGACGCAGCUGUCGAAAUUCCGGUCAUCAAGUCGAGGUCUCGGCACAGCUCGGACAAGUCCACAAACUCAUGGUUUUCUUCCCUUGGCUGGGAUGGGAAGCAGAGAGUCCAGGAGCACGGAACGGAGAACAGCCUCGCUGGCUCAGCUGAAACUUCGUCAGUGUCGAAGAGACACUCUCGUCCCACACUUUACACUCUAUUCAGCGCUCGCCGCAUGGAUCCAUUCAGCAAUACAGAUCACACCAUUCCUUGGCUUCUGCUAAGCCCCUACUCUCCCAUUUACCUCUCCAACCCUUCCCAGUCAAGAUUGUUCAAAGUCCGCAUCGAGGAUUCUGAAGAUGUGCCUUUCCAGAUCUCGCAACCGAGGUUCUUUGAAAAAUGGUACACGGACAUCGACGAAAAGUUGGCAAGCCGGUUGCCUUGGGCGGACGCCUUCGAAGAUCUGCUCAGCUUACAGCAGACUGGGAAAAUGGUGGAAAGAAGCUCACCCACUUGGCAAACGCCGAGUGACUGGAUUCAUGGCCUGGUCCACCGUGGAAGUCUAGGACCUGCCUGGGGUUUCAAUAAGGACGGUUUCCUAGUCAAGCGUUUCAGUGAUGCACAGUCGGCGGCUCAAAAGGGACACUGCGGAUGGCGCAGAGGAUGCGGACGAUUAUGGGGAAAGCAGAGCGAAGAUAAAGCUACAGCCAACUACUCAACAUCAUCGCAAACCGAUGAAAAGCAAGAUGAUGCUUUUGAGGACUUGGUCGAUAAGGCAGCCGAGCGGCUAGGACCGUUCCCAAUUUUUGGGAGCAUCCUCUCCGCAGCUGAUUCUAUUGUCGCGGCAGUUGACCAGGCGGCAAAAGAUCUCGAGGCGAUCGCUAACGGAGGUCAACCCGCAAGCGAGGCCGAGGAUGAAUCGCCCAAGGCCGAAGAAUCGGCGAAUACCUCGACUUCUUCAACGUUGUCGUCUGCUACAUCAGACUCUUCUGAGACGUUGUUCUCGUCUUCAACCCGUGGUGAGAACAGCUCAACUCCAUCCGUUGUGUCAACCUUGACCACCACUGUGAUGCGGACUCUGCCCGAUGGCUCCAUCGAGACCAAACGCGUGUUGAAGAAGCGAUUUGCAGAUGGAACAGAAGAAAGCAACGAGAGUGUCGAAGUGAGGAACCUCCCAAGCACGCAACCACCCAGGAAAGUUGAGCCGCCGCGCGCAAACAAAGAGACCCAGACACUGCCUACGUCAGAGAUACCUCCUACAUCUCAACGUGAAAUACCUGGUUUCGGCUUUGCAGAGGACGGCGUACCUCAACAAAACGAUGCCAGCGCAGAGCAAGGUGCCGCGAACAAGGACAAUAAACAGGAUGGACGCAACUCGAAGAGAGGAGGUUGGUUCUGGACUUGA